AGCUAAGCAGCUCUGAUCAAAGUUUGAGGUUUAAGCAGAAGGGAGAAGAACAAGCCAUGAUCUCCUACGCCACAGUAACAGCUAAAAAGCCCAUCUCAAGCUGCUUCAUCUUCGCCUUCCUCUUCUUCUCUUCCCAAAACGCCGUCGUUUCUCUAAACCAAGUCUCAAACUCACAACCCGUGGCUCGCCCACUCAAGAAACUCGACAAGCACGUGGUUCUACUAAUCUCCUCAGACGGGUUUCGUUUCGGGUACCAGUUCAAGACCAACCUACCAAACAUCCACUGUUUAAUAACCAACGGGACAGAAGCCGAAACGGGUUUAAUCCCCGUUUUUCCGACAGUAACUUACCCUAACCACUACUCCAUCGUCACGGGCCUAUACCCUGCGUACCACGGCAUCAUCAACAACAACUUCGUGGAUCCGAAAACAGGAGACGUUUUCACUAUGGCUAGUCACGAGCCGGAGUGGUGGUUAGGCGAGCCGCUUUGGGAAACGGCAGUGAACCAAGGGCUCAAGGCGGCUACUUACAUCUGGCCUGGCUCUGAGGUACGCAAGGGCUCUUGGGAUUGUCCUAAAGGUUUCUGUCAACACUACAAUAGCUCUGUUCCUGAUGGUGAUGAUGAUGAUAGGGUUGAUACCAUAUUGAGAUAUUUCGAUUUGCCUAGUAGUGACAUCCCUAGUGUCAUAACGAUUCAUUUUAACGAUCCUGAUCCUCAAGGUCACCAGGUUGGUCCUGAUGAUUCUUUGAUCACUGAAGCUGUUGUUAACGUCGACCGGUUGAUAGGAAGGUUUAUCGACGGGUUGGAGAAGAGAGGGGUCUUUGAGGAUGUGACUAUGAUCAUGGUUGGUGAUCAUGGAAUGGUUGGAACUUGUGAUAAGAAACUCAUCGUUCUUGAUGACUUGGCUCCUUGGAUCAAGAUCCCUAGCGGAUGGGUUCAGAACUACACUCCGUUGCUAGCGAUUAAACCGCCUUCAGGUCACGAUGCUAAGGAUGUGGUGGAUAAGAUGAACCAAGGCCUGAGGUCAGGUAAAGUGGAGAACGGGAAGUACUUGAAAGUUUAUCUCAAAGAGGACUAACCAAAAAGGCUUCAUUACUCAGACAGUUAUCGUAUCGCACCAAUCAUAGGACUGGUCGAUGAAGGGUACAAGGUUGAGCAGAAGAAGAGUAAAGGCAAGGAAUGUGGUGGAGCUCACGGGUAUGACAAUGCGUUCUUUUCGAUGAGAAGUAUAUUCAUUGGGCACGGUCCUUUGUUCUCAAGAGGAAGGAAAGUGGCUUCUUUUGAGAAUGUUGAGAUAUAUAAUCUGAUCUGUUCGAUUCUUGGACUUAAGGCUGCUCCUAAUAAUGGGUCUGAUGAGUUUGCUUCAAAGGUUCUCUUGCCACGCAAGUAAAGCAGAGUAAGGGUGCAUCUAUACCAUUAAUAUCUUGGAGAGAACAGAGAGGCGAGCACCUGGUGCGUUGUAGAUUAGACAGAGCGGCUGCUACAAGCUCAUGGGCUGAACUGUUUCCGUCAACCAGAAGCCAAUAUCUAGCACUUUACCACAGCCAUGUGGGUAAGAUAUUAAUUGUCUUAGCCUUUUACCUAACAAAUAACAUAUUAAGCAACUGACAAUUACUUGAUCAAUAAUUGUAUUGUAGUAUUAUAAAUCAUUUUUUACAGAUUUGCAUCUCGAAUUCAACGUUGGCCACCGCAAUAAUAGGUGAUUAGAUUAUUUGACGUCGAUAAUAGCAAAAAGAAAACAGAUCAUGUCAUUCUAUGCGAUAUGGCCAAAUGGUGCACAUAUUUUCUUAGAAAAACUUCUGAUAAAGAAGUAAGAGACCACAUUAUUCACAUUAGUAUUGCUACGGUACAAUCAUGAACUCGUUCACGGGUCUUGUAACCGGAGAUAAGUUCAACAAAGGCCUAGACCCAAAAUGGAGUUAGGUGAACCGUUCGAGAAUGUUGAGAUAUAUAAUCUGAUUAGUUCGGUUCUUGGACUUUAAGGCUGCUCCAAACAAUGGGUCUGAUGAGUUUCUUUCAAAGGUGAUCUCUUGCCACACAAGUAAGCAGAGGAAGGGUAAGUUCAUCCGUCUGCCAAUAAAAAGGUAAGCCUAUAAUCUAUGACUUUCAGGAAGUUAUAAUUAAACAUGAAACAUAAACGCAUUUUAUGUGCUUAAAUCAUUCGGAAUCGGAAUUAUCCAACGAAGUGGUUAUCAGCUUAAGCUUAGCUAAAGCAAUUAUAUGUUCACUAAGAAGUAUUAUUAGCCUUACAGUACUAAGUCUAAAAACUAAUCUAUUAUGCCCUACUGACAAAAUAUUAAUUAUGUCUUAGCCUUUUACCAAACAAAAAGUCUUAACAACGUACUAAAUAAUUUUGACAAUUAUUUUAUCAUUUUUUUGUUUUGUAGUUUUAUAAAUCUUUUGUUACACAUUUUCAUGUCGAAUUCAACGUGGACCGCAAUAAGAAGUGAUCAGAUUAAUCGACGUAGAUAGCAAAGAGAUAAUAGAUCAUGUGAUUUUGUGCGAUAUAUAUGGUCACAUGGUGCACAUAUUUUCUUAGAAAACUUCUAAUAAAGAAUUAAGAGACCACAUUUUUCAUGUUAGUUAGUAAUCACUAUAAUAUUUAUUCAAAGAGUUAACUUUUGAGUAAAAUGAAAUUUAGAGAAAAAAAGAGGCUAUUCAAGAACAUAUAUUCAUUUCUUAUUCGUUUCAACAAUUAACCAAAAAAGAAACAACAACAAAACAUUACAAGCCACAUAGAUUUUAUUAACCAAAAAGAACACAGUUAUCAGCUUAUUAUUAAUGAAUGAUCUUGAAAUAAAAUGCUUGUUUAGCUUUAAUCCACUUCCCCUGUUUCUCCAGAGGACGAGAGAAUGCUCCUAGUGAACAAAGAAGAACCAUUGUUGGAAGCCGGCCUGAGUCCAAGAAUCUCCGCAACAACAUUAUAGAUCUGAACAUUUUCGAAGGACGGCACUUUCUUUCCUUGCCUAAACCUAGGACCAUGUCCAAUAAAGAUAGAUCUCAUGGAGAAGUACUUGUUGUCGUAUCCAUGAUCUCCAUAACAUUCAUGAACACCUGUUCUGUUCUGUCUAACAAUUAGACCUUCUCCGACCAUUCCUACAAUCGGCGGAAUCC